UUGAAAUAAAAUUUGUGCCGAUAAAUUAUCUUUUCUGUUGAAUUUGUGUAGAAGGUUUCUUUACAAGCAUUUCACUGUUUAUUUUUGGAUAAGUUCACAAUGUUGCAUGCGAAUCAACUACAGUUUAAUUUAGACGUGCCCGUGGAUCCAGAAAAUCUGCAGACUGAUUUUGCUAGCCCAAGCGCAAUCAUUUUUGAAAGAAUCCUUCCUGCGGGACACAGGCCAUCCAAAAGAGUCCAUCAAAAAAGAUCUGGUAGUCCAAUAAGACUUUCAGUUCUGUCCAAUGAUAGACUUUCAAAAGCACUUCAACUUGCCAAACAAGACUUAAAAUCUGCCAGGCGAAGAAAAGCUGUUCAAGCUUUUGCUAAAGAAAAUGAACUGUAUAUAUCAACAGACUCUGAGAAAGAUGCUAACGUUAAUUCAAAACCAAAAAAAGGAGUCAAUUUACCGUUAUCGUCCAAUCACACUCAAACACACAAAAAGAAGACUGUUCCAAAAGGAAGAAAACAGUCACCAAAUCGUCAGUUGAAUGGAAUUUCAGUAUCAAAACCUUCCAAAUAUGAACAAGAAAUGCUUGAUAUUAAGAGAUUGCGACUAGAUCUGAGGCAACAUAUUUUUUCAAUGGACAAAAAUAUGCAAGAUCGUGAUGUUUUGUUUCAACAAAAACUUCUUUCUUUGGAUCAAGAAGAAGAACAGAGAUUGAUAGUUCGCCAUCUUGAACAGAUGAGAAAAUCUUCAAGAACAGUUUAUGCACUUCAGCAACAAGUUCAGAUUGUCAAGGAAGAUCUUAGCCGAAGCAAUAAAGCAGAUAGAACACCUAAUGUAAAAAAGGAAAGAAUAUAUAGCCGACUUGCUGCUGUUCACAGAGGCACAGUUAGAUUGAUGCAAGUUUACUGCACACAAAUUCCUGAACAUUUAAUGUUUGAUGAUAAUUUUGUAGCUAUCAAUGCUUUGUAUCAAGAAGUGUCGAGACUCAUCAAAGAAUUGUCGUUGUGUUCUUUGCAACUUGAUCUAGCAAACAUUGAAGAAGUUGAAAAAAUUUCAGAUUUGCUCAAGGAUAUGGAACCAAAAUAUAUUCCCAAACCAGCUAGCCCUAAACUAGAUCAUCGUUUGAAAUCAUCUGCCAAACAAACCAAAACGCCUCAAAGAUCAUUUAAAUCAAAAGAAGUUAUAAUGGUGAAGAAAAGUUAUGUCCAGCCUAAACAGUCACGAAACACACACAUGCGGAGUCCACAUAAACAAAGAACUCCUUCCAAAGUCAUUCAACAGCCUAACAGAGCUAUGGAUUCUACUCGUCCACAAAUGACUGACAUAUUUGAUCGUUCUGAAUGGAUUCCUCCUCCAAAUUCUCCCUAUAAAGAAGUGGGUCCUCCUCCUUUGACACCCCUACUUGAAAGUCCUGCUCCCUCAAAGGGAUUCAGGUCACAUCCAAUAAAACAAGUCAAAUUCCACAGUACACCUCGAGGGUCAUCCAUCGAACAUGACAUUGAUACACACUCAGUAGAAUCACCUAGAGAUUUGAGAACAUUGAAAAAUAAACUCGCUUCUGAAUUGGAGAUGGAAUUGAGAAACAGAAUUAACCCAUUGCUACAAAAGGUAUCAGUCAUAGUCGAAAAAUUGGCAAAAUCAGCAAAUAAAGAUACACCCAAAGUACAACGUAAAACUGCAGAAGAAGCCAAUUUAGAAAGUCAAGUUCGUGAUAUUAUUGAUGAAACACGAAAGGAAAUGAAAAAUUUUUAUCGACAACAAGAGGUAGAGAAAGAAGCAGUUGAUUUAUAUCAAGGUCCUUCCAUUGAAUCAUUGUUGAUGAGGCUUGACACGAUAGGAAAAGAGGAAGAGGCAAUCAGAAGAAGAUGGCAGGAAAUCAACUACCUUGAUAUGAAACCAGAAGAUCACACACCAUCAACAUAUGUUAGGGAUUCAGCACCUACCAGCCCACAGCCAAGCAACUUCACAAAAACAUUAACUUCAACUGCUAGUGAUCCCCCAAAGAGAAUUGUCAAUUUUCUACCUCAAGAAGACUCUGCUGAAAUUCGACAUGAACCAACAGUGAGGCAUCUUCAGCGUGAACUGGCGACAAAUAAAAGUCGUCCAUUCACUGGCAGAACCUUGAUCCUUCCGGUUUCGACCAUAAAUGCUGUGAACAGAUGCAAACAACAGUAUGAACGACACCUGAAAUUCACAUUUCACGAACCUAAAGGAAAUUUUGAUCCAUGGAAACUUGUAGAAGAGUUAUCUGACAAAGUUUUGGACGAGGUGAUAACCUCUGUCACGCAUGAGGUAAAUGGAAUGUGUGAAGUAUAUGCAAAUGAUAUGUUUCAGAGAGAAUUUGCCAAUGCUUCGCAAUCCAAUGAAUCUUCUCUACUCAUGUCAGACAACUCAUCAUCUCUAUUAUCUUCUGAAUCAACAUUGCAUAAACCUUGAUUGUUCAAUGUUCAUAUAUAUUGCAUCAUAAAUGCCAAGCUGAUUUGAAAGUCUAUGUCAAGCACAGAUAGAUGAUGGAGCAUACCUGUCUCCGUUGCACCUAAGGUUCAAAGCUCUACAGUACACCCUAUAAGGAUUGAGUACUCUAGAUUGGCUUGAUCUGGGAUGUUUGAUGGACCAACUGAAUGUUUAUUGCUAUAAGUUAAUUUGAUAAACUGUUGUAAAUGUUAUUGACAUUCAAACACCCUCUCUAUUAUUAUGAAUGUAAUAGGUAAUGCUACUCCUGCUGAAUACCAGUGUUAAAUUUGUCAUAUUUAAAUAGUAGUGUUGAUUUUAACAAUAAUUUGGACUACUUUUCUUUUGAAAUCCCAUUGUUUUGGGUAAAUGAGAUUCUUUCCUUCUUGAAAUCCCUCUUUCAUGAAUUAGAUAAAAAUGAACUGUUAUGGUGUUAUAUUUAUAAUAUGGCUUCAAAUAAUGAAACCAAAAUUCAUUACGAUUGCAUGUUUAUUUCAAGCAUAACCUCAUUCUUUUUAUUACGCCUUGUGUCCAUCCAUGAGGUUGCUCUCAAGUUUUAAUAUACAUUUAAGUAGGGUGAUCUGCAAUACAUUCAACUUUGUAGACUUGUACUCGUUUUAACAUUAGAAUGGUUUAUACUUCAAACAAGUACAUUGCAAUAUCAUGUAAUAUACGAUGGUAGAAAUUAUUCAAAUAUCGAUUCUAUUUUUAUAAAUAAAGAUAUAUUCUUGUAAAGGUG